CAGAUGCAAUUUAUGGUCUCCCAUUCCUCUCUCUAUAAAAAAGACUCUUUUCCAGGAGAUCUUUGCUUUUUAAUCAAUAAUCAGUCCAAACUUCCAAACCAAACCAAACCCCAUUGAAGCUGGAGAAGCUCUCUUCCUCUUCCUCUUCCUCUUCCUCUUCUGUAAAUGAAAGAUGGAGCUCUGUUUGAGCUUAGGAGAUGUGCAAGCUCCUGCAGAGCCAUUUGGGUUAGUCUCAUCAUCAUCAUCAGAGAAGCCUCGUGAUGAUCGGGUCAUCAUGGCCGCCUCCAAAACGACAGGGUUUUGCAUGAGCUUAUCAAUCGGUCCAAGCUGUGACAGCAGUACGAGUACUAGUCCUAGAGAAGCAGGUCAACAACUUGAUAGAAAUGAUCAUCAAAAUGAUGAUGAUCUAAGUAGGUUUAGUGCUGCUUGUGGUUCCAAAUCAGAUGUACCAGUCCAACUUGAUCUUCUCCCCCACACUCCUGUAGCCCCCAGAAGCAGCAGCCAUGGCUUCCCUUGGCCCACUCCUUCAGAUCAAAACGUAGGAGGAGGAGGGGGCUCAUCAGAAAACGUGAACAGAGUGGAGGAAGUGGCGGCGGUGUCAUCGUCGCCGACAAACAGUGGUGCGUCGUCGUUUCAGAUGGAUAUAGGGUUAUACAGCAGCAAUUACAGGGGCAGUGGAGGAAAGAGGAGUCACUCUCCAGAAGCAGAAGGGGAUGAGGGAGAAAGGCAAUCUAAUUCUAGAGCAAGUGAUGAGGAUGACAUCAAUGGCAUCAACACCAGGAAGAAGCUCAGGCUCUCUAAAGAACAGUCUGCUUUUCUUGAAGAAAGCUUCAAAGAACACCACACUCUCAACCCUAAGCAAAAGCUAGCGCUGGCAAAACAGCUUAAUCUUCGUCCAAGACAAGUAGAAGUUUGGUUCCAGAAUAGAAGAGCAAGGACGAAGCUGAAGCAAACGGAGGUUGACUGUGAGUUUCUCAAGAGAUGCUGUGAGACACUAACGGAAGAGAACAGAAGGCUACACAAAGAGCUACAGGAGUUGAGGGCUUUGAAGACUCAUCAUCAUUCAAACCCAUUCUACAUGCAAUCACCAGCCACAACCCUCACCAUGUGCCCUUCCUGUGAGCGCAUCGCCACCACCAACACCACCACCACCACCACCACCAACAACAAAACAACUACAAAAGCCCAAGCAGAAGCAGAUGGCUUCCCAAGAUUCUAUCCAUUUUCUCAACCCCAAUCCCAUCACUCUUCUGCAGCUUCAUGAUCACAUUUUGUCACAUAUUUAUUUAAUAUAUACAGCUUCCUUCCAAACUGGGUUACAUUAAAUUUGAUUAAUUUGGGGGGUGUGUGUGUACAUACAUAUAUAGACAAAAGUAUUAGGGAAAUGAUCAAUAGCUUUUAUUCAUGUUGUGGUAUUUAUGGAAUUGGAUUUUCUUUUUUGUCUUUUCCCCUUGCUCAAAGCCCCAUCCGUUUGAUAGAACCAGAGAGGAUAAAAGAACAAAUUAUUUAUAGGAUCAAUAAGAAAAAUACUUCUCUC